UUAACAUUUCCAUCAGUUUUAUGUUGAUCAUGUCUGAGUGCUGGGAUAAGUAUGGUUUCGAGAUUUUGAAGUCGCCAUCUCUUCCAAGUGAAAGCAGGACUAAUGGCAUAUUCAGUGAGAAUGACAUGAUUGUCAUGCAGGACUGUUUGUCUAGCGAUUUUGAUGACAGGUGUCACCUUUAUUCAAAUGAUGAAAAAGGUCCAGAAAAUGACCACCAGUGGCAGAGAGUGUUCUCUAAGUGGGACAGCUAUAGGCAGUGUGUUAAAAGAGAAAAGUUGAAAGAAUUGAUCAAAAAUGGUGUUCCGCUCAAAACAAGGCCUGAAUUAUGGAAGAAACUCUUGGACUUAGAUACAGUGCUAACCUAUACAAAUUUCUCUUAUGAGGAACACGUGUCAUUGCUGAGAGAAGAACUUGUGUCUUUAGGCGUGAGUGAGUUCAACACUAGUAGAUCUGAAAGAGUGUUAUCUGAGCUUGAGGAAAACCAAGAAAACAUCAGACAUUUACAUUUUAACCUGAAAUUCUUAAGGCAGAUUUUAUUGGAUGUUGGAAGGACAUACCCCACUCAUUGUAUGUUCUCUGUAGAAAGUGACAAGGGAAUAGAGGGUCGAGCAGCCCUCUUUAGACUUCUUGCAGUUUAUACAGUGUAUAACCCUGAGAACAAUUAUUGUCAAGGAAUGUCAUACUUGGCAGCUAUGUUUUUAAUGCAGUUAGAAGAGAAAGAGGCUUUCUGGGCCUUAGUGUCUUUAUUAGAGAGAAGAAAAUACUUGUUUGGAUAUUUUGACAAAAUGCUUGAAAAAGUGCAAAGCCAUGCCAAAGUGUUUGACAAGAUAUUGGAUCGUCAUUUACCACAUAUUCAUCAUCACCUGAGUCUUUGUCAUGGAGUACAUGGAACUGACUGUAGUAUUAUUGGCUGCUUGAUUGACAAUAGCUCUUAUGGUAGUUUCUUACCUGAAUAUGGUAAUGUGGUGAUAUUUCAGACAUCUCUGGCUAUUCUGAAAGUCUUGGGCCCAACUUUGCUGAAGAUUAAUGACACAAACAGAGCAAUUCCAGUGUUACAAAAAGUACCACAUCUAUUUUCUAGAAAAGAAACUCUGAUGCCAGCAGUGUUUUGCACACAUUUUGAAAUCUGGGAAGUUUAUUGGAUCCAGGCAGUUGUGAAGGAAGAGGGCCAAAAAUCCCAAGAAAUCUCAACUCCAAACAGCUUGCUGCAAAAAAACAGGCUGGGAAGAAUCCUCAGAGAGAAGAAGAAGGGAAAUCAAAGACAGAAAAUGACAGUCCUGGAGAAAAUUGGUUCUUUAUUGUGGGGAGAGAAGAACAGAAAACCUGGGACCCCAAGGAUUGAAAACAAACUUAUAUCUACUUCAAACAACAUAUGGGGAAAAAGACAAGGUGUGGCACCCCGACAUAUUUGGAACUAUGCUUGGAGUAGUGAUUUUACUGGAGCUUGUAAACCUUCACCAACCAAGAGACUUCGUCUUAGUGGUACAGGAUCUACUACACCUGAGUCUCAGAUGUGUGGUGUGCUCUCCCCAGCUAAUUUUGAUAAGGUUUUUGGAAGUUCAGCCAAUAGGAAGUUGGCUUUUCGUGAUUUCCAAGGCCCUUUGCCCCCUCAUGCUGGUUGCACACCAAAAAAAUCAAGUUUGAAACCAUCGGCUGUGAAGAGUCCAGCUGAACUACAAGAAUUCAGUCUGUCAGCAGUGUAGUUUUGUUUAUCUAUUAGUGACUUUAAAGUCUGAUUCAAACAACUGAUUUUUGCCUUUUCUAGUUUUUGAUGUACAUUAUACUUUAACAAAACUUGGUGUAAUUAUCAGAAACAUAAUGCUUAGCACUUUUUUUUUGUCAAUUAAUCAUUGAGUAUUUUUUCUGACAACUUAAUUGUUUAUUAUGGAAUUAUAAAGAAAUGUUAAAACUACAACAGUUCACAUUAAGUACGAAUACUUUUAGUCUGUGAAAAUUCCAUUUGUUUUUUCAAGUGCAAGGAGAUAUGUAACUUUUAGCCUUUGAUGUGGUGUAUACAUGUAGUUGUUAUGUAUCACUUGUGUGUGUUAAUAGAAUAGUUGAAACUUUACCAUAAUUUGUUUGUCAAAUUAUACAGUAGUUUAAAGGAACUUAGAACUAAAUAGUUGAUACUUUUCCUGAGGGUUGUUGUCUUGUGCUGUGCUGUGUGUAUUUUCAACUUUGUCAUAUCAUAUUAUUAGCACAAUAUUCAAAGAGUUAAACAGUAGCAUACUUACAAAUAUACUAGAUGAUCGUUAUGUAGACUUAACUUAACCUUUCAUUUACAGAAGGAACAUGUUGUUUUCUUGCAUUUACAUGAUAGAUAUCAACCUAUACUAUUUUAUCUUACACUUUAAGGUGAUGCAAGUCAAAACUUUGGUAGAAAUUAAUUAUCUAUAGCACUGUAGGUGUGCUCAUUAAGAUAAAAAUCAUGUUUCAUAACUUAACAUGUUAUUCUAUUGGCUAGCAAACAGAUGCUUUAUUGGUCCAAAAGUCUUGGACAGUAUAAAUUAUUCUGCUAUUUCCCUUGCCAUCUCAGCCUCGUGCAAUUUCCAUGAAAUAAACACAAGUGUUAUGAUUAUGUUAAGCUUUGCUCUUAUAAUAUUCAUAAUUGUUACACUAUUGAAAUGGAUGAAUUACUCAUCCACUGAGAUAAAAAAACAUCAGUUGUUAAUGUAUCUUGUAUUUACUUUACCAGUGUUGAAAUUCUUGUUUGAUAACACCGUGUAUUAGAAUAUUAUAUCAAGUUCUUCAAAAUGAGUUUUGAAUUUUGCUUGAAGGAUUAUAAAGAAUUGGUGCCAAAAACUAGUUAUAAAUAUAUAUAUAAUUUAUCGAAUACACUUGUUUAUUUUGUUAUGUAUGUUUGAAAUAUGUUUAUCACAUUGUUUUACCUUUCAAGGUGAUGUGAUUUAUGUAUAAUUUCUUAUCAUCAUGGUAUCUUGUACAAUAUUGUUUGUUUAAAGACAAAGUUUAUUUUAUUUGUCAGGAGAUGGAGUCCUUUUGUUAUUUGCUAGUCUACUAGUAGCAGCGUCUUACAAUUAUCAUCAAAAUGCCUUACUUAAGUGAAUUUUGUUCAUUUUUUAUAUGUGUUUCUGAAGAUUAAUAGUAUGGUUGGUAAACAACAUUCAGCACAAGUAACUUUUCUGAACAUCAAGGGAGAAGUGUAAGAUAAAAAUAAGUUAUUAUAUAACCAUCACAGAUACUUUCUGUUCUUUAGUAGUAUGCUUUACAGCUGUCUAAAGUUAUUUCUAAACAGCCAGCAAGCUUUAUUAAAACAUUUUUGUGGCAUUAUUCAGACACUUUAAAGACUUGAAGAAAUCUUCUGUUAAGAAAUGAGGAAAAUCAAAAUUGAAACAUUUCUAGGAAUAGGUAGCUCUAGAAAUUGUCUAAGUUAAAUCAAACAGGUUUUGAUAAACUGUUCCUUUUUUUUUUCAUCCAUAACCAAAUCACUUGUAGGAAUCAUCAGCCCAUAUUGUGAAACAAGGACCAAGUAUUUAAAAGUUUUUGAAGUAUGGUUAACACAGUGCAUGGAUAGGUAUCGUCAUUAAUUAUAAAAGAUAAACUUGUUGGACUGAAUGAUUUUAGAUACAUCUGUGGAAACAAAGGUACAUAGUCCCACCAACUUUGAUUUAGAUAUUACACAAAACCAUAAAAGAAGUUUAUUAUACAUAAAGUAAAAAGACACAAAAAAGGAACAGUAUAUUCCCCCAACAAUAAUAUAUAUAUUCAGAACUAAUUAAAUGUUUUAUUUUCUCUAGGCAUGAAAUGACUAUGAAGAAGCAUAUGGAUAGACUACAAACUAUAGGUUUUUGGCAUUUUUUUUUAGAUUGUAUAACAAACUUUUAUCUUCUUGAAAAGAUAUUGAACGUGUAUAUUGUUAUUGAAAACCAGAACAAAUGAGUGUACAUUUUUGAAUUAAUAUAACUUAUGUGUAUCAUCUUACACACCAUAUGUGUAUAUCAUAUUAUCAGGGGAUUGAAACUUUCAUACAAAGUACUAAGAUCAUAAUACUGUUAUCUAGUUUGUACAUUCCUGCCCCUUGUGGCUCAGUGGGAAAUUUAAAGGACUAGAAUGCUAAAUUUCAGGGUUUGAUCCAUGUGGUGAGCAUGGCACUGAUAGCAAAUAUAGUAGCUUUAUGUGUAAAAACAGAUUGCACAUCUAUUGAAAACCUUUUCUAGAUACCGAUCUCAUGAUAAUAUUGAAGAAACGCAUUAUUAGGUUUUUAAAAAUAGUAAUAGUUAAUACUGGUUUUGCUGCAUUUACAUACACUCAAGCAAAAAUGCAUAUUAGACUAUUAAGUACAACACUAAAACGGCCAGUUUAUAUACUGAAGUUCUUGUCACAAUUAUACUCAAUCGUUAAGAAUACUCAGUGAUUGUUGUAGUUAGUAAAUGUAAGCUUUGUCAUUCCAUGCGUGAUUCUGAUCUUGUAACUUUUUUUUUUUUGAAUAAUAAAGAAAAUGAAAAACCAU